AAAUGGAAUUUGGCAACGAUACUGAUAAUAACUCAAGCAACUAUGAAUGCGACUACGAUGACUGGAGUUCUUCCAAAAUCCUAAUUCCUUCCAUCUAUUUGCUUGUUUUCUUUCUGGGCACCACUGGCAACGGUUUGGUGCUAUGGACUGUUUUCCGAGGAGGACAAGAAAAGCGACGCUCAGCAGAUACAUUCAUUGCAAACCUGGCAAUAGCUGACCUGACUUUUGUGGUCACUUUGCCACUUUGGGCUACCUAUGUGGUCCUGGACUACCAUUGGUCUUUUGGCUCUUUUGCCUGCAAACUCAGCAGCUACCUGGUCUUUGUCAAUAUGUAUGCCAGUGUCUUCUGCCUCACAGGGCUCAGCUUUGACCGCUACUUGGCUAUUGUUCGCCCUAUAGCCAAUGCCAAGCUGAGGUCAAAAGCUAGUGGGCUUCUAAUGACCAUUGUGCUCUGGACUAUGGCGGCUCUCUUGGCCUUGCCAGCCAUGAUUUUCCGGAGGACUGGAGUAUUCAAUGGGAAUGACAAAGUGACAUGUUUCAUGGAUUAUUCAAGUGUGGCAACCAACAAGACUGAGGCAGCCUGGGAAGCAGGGCUUGGCUUGUCCUCUACCCUGAUGGGAUUUGUAAUCCCCUUUGCCAUCAUGCUGACUUGCUACUUCUUCAUUGCCCGUACAAUUGCAGGCCACUUCCGAAAGGAGCGCAGUGAAGGACUGAGGAAGCGGAAGCGCCUGCUAACCAUUAUCAUUGUGCUUGUGACCACUUUUGCAAUCUGCUGGCUCCCCUUCCACUUGGUGAAAACCAUCUACAUGCUAAUGGACUGGGAGGUGAUGCCGUUGUCCUGCAGCUUCCAUGCCUUUCUGAGCAAUCUCCACCCGUACUGCAGCUGCUUGGCCUAUGUCAACAGCUGCCUCAAUCCUUUUCUCUAUGCCUUCUUUGAUCCUCGUUUCCGACAAGCUUGUGCGGCUGUCCUCUGCUGCACAUCAGGGCAUUUGCCUGGAGCUGCAGGAGAUAAAUCAGCCAGCUAUUCAUCUGGUCAUAGCCAGAACCAUUUAGGGAAGAACAUGGAAGGAGGGCAGGAGAAACAGUGUCCUGACAGCCAAGAGACUUUGCUUCAUGGGUAAAAAUG